AUGGAUCGCCCAGAAGACUCUGCGGCGUCUAUCUUCAGUGCCCCCUUUCAGUCCUCAUCGUCGCUUUUAGCCCGCCGCCGCAAAUCCCAUUCACAUUCUAAUAAUCGCCCCCCGGUCGACCCGGCAACGACACUCCGCCCCCGGCGCAAGCAUGAACAUGGUGUUGCGGUAAGAACAGGGCCGCCUCAAGCCUUCGAAGAGGUUUCGCAUAGUUCCUUUCUGCACCCAGAUGACGCGGCCGCUGCACCGGUCAUUCGCAUGGCCCGGGCUCCUCCAUCUCCAAAAUCAAAAGCGACGACCGGUGACGCUUCUCCUUCUCCAAUAAGACCUACUUCUAGGGGCUCAUACACGUCCUCCAGAACGGCGUACGAAGAUAAUACAUUCGGCAUGAUCACAGCCGAACCUGGUCCACGAGUUUCGACUGCACCUAGUAUUACCUCGACUAGUUCCCGGAAGAGUUUAAAGAGUCAGUUUGGUCUGUUGAAAAAGUCGUCUCGGGAGUUCACAUGCAACAAGGAUAGACGCGCAGAACGUUUGCGGAAGACGAGUAGCUACAACGACAGCUUGAGACAUAAUCUUCCUCGAAGUAGAACCAGUGUACGCUCGAUGCAUUCUAUCGCUGAUGUGGCCGGAAAUGGCCGGUAUAGCCACUCCGCUAAGGAGACCUUCUGGGAACACGGGGCUAGCUCUCCGAAUGAAGAGUAUCUUUCGUUGCAAAGCGCGCGCACGAGCGCACCCAGUACUCCCGGAGGCAUCGGAAGUGGCAGGGCAAUUCCUGUUCGCGAGUCUUCUCUACGUCAUAGCUUCUCUUCCAAUUCUAGACACCAUAGAUCUACUCGCCAUAGUCGAUACUCGUCCACAGCGAGCAAAGAUACGAAAGUGGACAGUGACACUGGAAACGAAGCCGAGCAUGUGACCAAGAGGAUACGAGAGCUGAAGGAUCAGCAACAGAAGAUCAAGAACGAAUUGGAGAUAGACGACAGCCCCGACAAAGUCACCAGGGGGCCGUCCGCAAAACACACUCAACCACCACAAAAGCCUAGUGAACUCGACAACGGCGGUGAGCCAAGUGAUACUGGAAGCAGUAAGGUCAAUACGUUCGAUGAGAGUGCUCCAGCUCCGGCUGUUAUGACGGGGAGAAGUAGAUCUACGACCCGUAAUAAUCCGCAACUCGCAUCAAAAGCAACCAAUUGCCCGACACAGUCGUCUGCGCCGAGACAAUCCUUUGACAAGCCUGAUCAGAAUGAAAAGUUACGUUAUCGACGUUCAGUGGAGCAGUCAACCGCGCCGCGGCACCAUAAACGUUCCCCGUCCGGCCCUGUUUCUCCAGGUCGUGCUUCUGUUGUGGAUGAGCGCCCAUCCAGUGCUGAUUCAGUCGACCUUGCAGUUCUAGAUUAUGUAUCCGCUCCUAGGCUUACCCAGAAAGUAAUCCAUCCUACCACUGGCCGCGAAAUAGCUUUUUCGGAGGUCGGAGACCCCAAAGGACACGUCGUAUUAUGCUGUCUUGGAAUGGGCUUAACCAGAUAUCUAAUGGCGUUCUAUGAUGAGCUAGCGCGAUCGCUUCAUCUCCGACUCGUCACAUUGGACCGUCCUGGGGUUGGCGAAAGCGGGCCUUAUGUAAAUGAGGCGGGUACUCCUCUCGGUUGGCCAGACGAUGUUGCGAUUGUAUGCAAUUAUAUCAAAGUAACAAAAUUCUCUAUCCUCGCCCACUCGGCCGGUGCUAUUUAUGCGCUGGCAACUGCCCUAAGGAUUCCCCAGCAUGUCAGGGGGCGCAUACAUCUUCUAGCUCCUUGGAUCCCUCCAUCUCAACUGUCUUCCAUCGGCUCACAGAGAGCCCCCGUUCCUACCAAUGCUGUCCCGUACUCUCAACGGAUCCUUCGUGCCCUACCCACGUCUAUCUUGAAGGUUGCUAAUUCGAGCUUCAUGAGCGCAACAAGUGCGAGCUUGACCGCCAAUCUCCCCAAAUCCUCCCGGCGCACUAGGAGAAAGGCGACAAUGAAAGACUCGUCCAACUCAGCUUUACCUGAAGCCAAUGGCUCUCAACGUCAUUUAUCCAACAGAGUAUACCAACAAGGAGCCGACCUCCAAGCGCUACAGAUCAAGAAACUGCAGAUCCCUAAUGGGACCAAAGUCGAAGACACUACAACAAGCCAGGCGGUGGCUGAGUUCGAGAAACGUGAACGCCAGUCUGAUUAUGACAACCGCCUAACGCACAAGAUCUGGGAACUGGCCACCACGAAUGCAAACCCGGCGGUGGACCUCGUCGUUUGCUUGGAACGUCGACAGCCGGUUGGAUUCCGCUAUGUUGACAUUACCCGCAAUGUCGUUAUCCACCAUGGAAGCAGAGACACGCGUGUUCCUGUUGAUAAUGUAAGGUGGCUUGGCCAAAGUAUGCGACGCUGUGAGGUUCGGAUACUCGAAGGCGAAGGGCAUGGGCUGAUGGCCUCAGCAACAGUUAUGGGUAAUGUCUUGAUGGAAAUUUCCAAGGAGUGGGAGGACUGGAUGACAGUAGUCCAGGGCAAGCGUCGAGCAACUAUAGGAACAAGGUCAGGUAUCGCCAUCCAAACCUGA